AAUGCAAUGUGCUUUAUGCUAAUGGUCCAUUUGCAAACUCUCAGUCAGUAGGAGUCUAAUGAAACGUGGAAAUGGGGAGCUAGAUAGCUCCCUGGAAUCCACUUAUAUCAUCCACCUCUACACGUGUGUGGGUUUAUGUAUAAAAUCCAGAGGGAUUGGUUACUGGCAUAAAAGGACAGCUCAACAUUACAGAAGCAUCUGCCACCCUAAGUAAUGGCAUAUUCAUCCUUGUGUUUUCCCGGCCCUACAGCAGGAUGAAGUCAUCCAUUGCCAUCAUUUUUUGCUGCUUGGUGCUGGGAGUUGCCAGCCAAAGAUGGUUCCAGUUCAUGAAAGAGGCUGGUCAAGGGACUAGAGACAUGUGGCGGGCUUACUCUGACAUGAAGGAGGCCAACUGGAAAAACUCAGACAAAUACUUCCAUGCUAGAGGGAACUAUGAUGCUGCCCAAAGGGGACCAGGAGGAGCCUGGACUGCUAAAGUGAUCAGUGAUGCUAGAGAGGGUAUUCAGAGGUUCACAGGACAUGGAGCAGAGGACUCAAGAGCUGACCAGCUUGCCAAUGAAUGGGGUCAGAGUGGUAGAGACCCCAACCACUUCCAACCUGCUGGCCUGCCUAGUAAAUACUGAGUUUUCUCUUCAUGUUGUUCCCAGCCAUGCAGACCCCAAAGAGGCAAUUACUGACUUGAAUUAGUUCCUAAACUCUGGAUCCCUAAGCACCCCAAAAUGUUGAAUAAAUACUUGUGAAAUGUAA